CUAGUUGCCCUUUUCCAAGAUGGCCGCCGGUGCCUCUGUGACAGGCCUGGUCACGUGUGCAACCUCGCCUAUGAGGUCGCCGGGGCCUGGUCGGCGAUUGUCCCUUCCCGGGUCCCGUCUGGAGGCGGUGACUGCCCUUGUCAACCUGAGCCUGAGCGAUCAUGGCAACGGGCUCGGGCGGGGAGCGGUUGGCAGUGGCGGCAGCAGAGGCAGUGGCGGCAGCUGGGUCGCGGGCCGGGGCGGCGGAGCGGCGGCGGCGGCGGCGGCACUGGCACCGGCACCGACCCUGAGCGCCAUGCGGCGAGGCAGUUCCAAGAGGGAGGUGGCGGCUCAGUCGGAGGUGGAGGCGGUAGCCGCGGCCAAAGCAGAGACAGAGGCCAACGCGGGGGUGACGGCCGGACAGACCGGCGUGGACUCGGGCGCGGCCGGGGAGCCCGAGAGCAAGGCCGGGGAGGAGCAGUCCCAGGCCCCGGCCCCGGCCCCGGAGCAACCCUGCGCGGAGGAGGGGGAUGCCCGCGUCGCCCCGCGGCGGCCGCCCACGCUGCACGCGCACAAGCCCAAGCCGGCGCGGGACCUCUGCGCACACGGGAAGCCCAGGGUCAAGGGCUCAAGCUGCAGGCGGAGUGUCCGCCGUCCAGAGGAGCAGAGCUCACAGCGGCCAGUCACCGUGGACAGCUCCAAGGCCAGGACCUCCCUGGACGCCUUGAAGAUCAGCAUCCGCCAGCUCAAGUGGAAGGAGUUCCCAUUUGGCCGACGCUUGCCUUGUGACAUCUACUGGCAUGGAGUUUCAUUUCAUGACAAUGACAUAUUAUCCGGUCAAGUGAACAAGUUUCCAGGCAUGACGGAGAUGGUACGCAAAGUGACCCUGAGCAGAGCGGUCAGGAUGAUGCAGAAUCUCUUUCCUGAGGAGUACAACUUCUAUCCUCGCUCAUGGAUUCUGCCUGAGGAGUUCCAGCUCUUUGUCACUCAGAUUCAAAUGGUCAAAGAUGACAACCCCUCCUGGAAGCCCACUUUCAUUGUGAAACCUGACGGUGGUUGUCAGGGUGAUGGAAUCUACCUCAUUAAAGACCCCAGUGACAUCCGGCUGACUGGGACCCUCCAGACCAGGCCAGCAGUUGUCCAGGAGUACAUCUGCAAACCUCUCCUUAUCGACAAGCUCAAGUUUGACAUUCGUCUGUAUGUCCUGCUGAAAUCCCUAGACCCCUUAGAGAUUUAUAUAGCCAAAGAUGGACUCUCUAGAUUUUGUACAGAGCCAUAUCAGGAGCCCAGUUCCCAGAAUCUGCACCGGGUCUUCAUGCACUUAACCAACUAUUCACUGAAUAUCCACAGCAGCAACUUCAUCCACUCGGAUAAUGCCAGCACAGGCAGCAAAAGGACUUUUUCCAGCAUUCUUUGUAAGUUGUCUUCCAAAGGUGUUGACAUCAAGAAGGUCUGGUCUGACAUCAUCUCCUUGGUGAUCAAGACUGUCAUCGCCCUGACUCCAGAGCUCAAAGUUUUCUACCAGUCGGACAUCCCCACAGGGAGGCCGGGGCCCACCUGCUUCCAGAUCUUAGGCUUUGACAUUCUUCUGAUGAAAAAUCUGAAGCCCAUCCUACUUGAAGUAAAUGCAAAUCCCAGCAUGAGGAUUGAACAUGAGUGUGAACUUUCUCCAGGGGUGUUCGAAAAUGUCCCCAGCCUUGUGGAUGAGGAGGUGAAAGUGGCUGUGAUCAGAGACACGCUGCGCCUCAUGGACCCACUUAAGAAGAAGAAAGAGAACCGGUAUCAGCAGCUCCAAAAACCAGUGGCCGGAAAGGAAGACUCUCUGGACAGUGACCUGGCCCCAGACUCCAGUCCUGAAGCCCACCUGCCCUCCAUUUGCCUCAAGCAGGUGUUCCCCAAGUACGCAAAGCAGUUCAACUACCUGCGCCUGGUGGACAGGAUGGCAAAUUUGUUUAUCCGGUUCCUGGGAAUCAGGGGGACAAUGAAGUUGGGACCAACCGGCUUUCGUACCUUCAUAAGGAACUGCAAGCUCAGCAGCAGCAGCUUGUCCAUGGCUGCAGUGGAUAUUCUGUACAUUGACAUCACGAGGAGGUGGAACUCCAUGACCCUGGACCAGCGGGACUCAGGGAUGUGUCUGCAGGCGUUUGUAGAAGCUUUCUUUUUUCUGGCCCAGAGGAAGUUCAAGAUGCUGCCGCUCCACGAACAGGUGGCCUCGCUGAUCGACCUGUGCGAAUACCACCUGUCCCUGCUGGACGAGAAGCGCCUGCUGUGCACCCGGGGUGGCUCUGCAGGGAGCCGUCUCUCCCAGGGCAGCUCGCCCCAGGGCGCCUGCCCUGCAGCCCAGCCUGUGGUGGGCAACCCCCCACUCCGCACCAACGGUGCUAGUAAGUGCUCCUAUCCCAGACACACUCUGUCCUGAAGGCCUCUUGUCUGCCCAGGAGAAGCGCGUGCCCUUCAGGGCUGAAGGGAGCCCCUGGGCUCCUGCCUGUGGGGGACACAGGCCGUGGAGGAUCCCACCGGAGGUUCCGGUUCCGUCCCCUGUUCUGCUGCACUCCUGCUUUGCAAGGCUGACUCUUGCCCGCCUUUCUCCCCACGCCUCUUGGAGACCCACCCUGUUUUGGAGCCAUCAGUGGACAUAUGACAUCUGAAGUGUGACAGAUGGCACCUUCUAUUCUGGGCUCACAGGAAGCACCAACCAGGGCAAAUCUGCCGUGCUUGGGGCGGGAGGGCACAGUCACUCCUGACACGGAGAGCCGCAGAGAGGAAGCUGAGACCCAGAGUGUGCGGGGAGCCUCCGAGAGCCACCGGUUAAAGUCUGAGAACAUCACGUUCAUUUCCUACCACCCAUUCUCCAAAAAUGAAGUGGAGAUACCAAGUAGGCCGACGCGAACCUCCCACCCCAAUCAUGUGCUACACGGGUGUAGUUAACAGAUUAGCCUCAUUUAUUUCAUUAGCUUGCCUGUUGCUGCAAUGUUUGCUUUGUUACUAAUUAAGAAAUAAUUACGAUGUAACUAAGUUAGGCUCCUAGAGCCUAUGAGCCAGCAGGAGACUCACAGGCCCUUUGGUUGAGUUUAUUUGGCCUUGACCCCAAAGCAGGAAUUCCAUCUUUAGCCUCCCUGUCCAGAUGGUCCUGUGGCCUCAGUGGACCCCUGCAAGGGUGAAGCUCUGGUCCCAAGGACAAGGGCCCCAUGUACCCAACACUGUGCUGAUAGUUAUCAGGAAGGGUAGUGAGCUUCAGAGAAAAGACAUGAGACCCAGGUGAGAACCAGGGGAAGCAGGAUGUAUGUGGAGGGAGGUACACUGUGAGGAACAGAUUUUUCAAGACCCCCUCCCCCCGGCUGUGCCUGCUCUUCUGUACCCUUUGGACAGGACAAAUGGAAAGUGAAAGGCCCCAGUAGAGUAGAUAGAUGUGUCAGGGCACCUUUGUCAUCAGCUGGGGACUGCAAAGAGUCUUUUAAACAGAGCUCUAGCUUGACACGUCCCCAGGUGGGUCUUCAGAAAGUGCUAGCUUGCCAAAAUAGAGGGCAAUCUUCAAGCUUAAAACCAACCAAGUCCACUGGAUUGGGGUUGGGGUAGGAAGCAAUGAGGCUGAAUUUCAGCCACCUGGUUUGGGAUGAUAUAAAAAUGUCAGCACUCAUGGUGAGAGAUGUCCUCUGCACCCCCACCUCCCAUCAUAUGCAAGCAGGUCACUGUCAGUUCUGGAGCCCCUAGUGCUGGAGGGAGGCCCCUCUUCUGUGGACAGGCCCCUGGGGAAGCCCCGUGUUCUGGAGGACAUGGAAUCUUAUCUGUGACUCUUAGGGAAAUGAGGUUGCCAUCAUGAGAGCCAGCGAGGGAGGCUGGGCAGGCCCAGAGACCCCUGAGUGCAGAGCUCAGGGUCCCCUGCACGGGGCUGCAGCCCAUUCUUAGAAGGGCCCUGGGGAUCCACCUCAGCUCUUCUCCCCCAGCCCUGCCUGCCCUUUGGCCCCCUCCUACUGCUGUCCACGAGCUGAGCUCCUGAAGGGCCAGGCUUCCGGGGGUGUGGAAAGAAGGUGUAAGAAGAUGGUCUCAGCCUGGGCUCCUUUAGGACAGGUACAUCCAAGUCUAAGUCCGUGGAGUGUCCAGGGAGGACGACGACUUCCAGAGAACAGACCGAUUGGCCCAGUCCACGCCUUCCACAGGUGCCAGUCUUGCCCCUUUUGGUGUCCCUGUCCAGCUUCCUCAUGUCUCGUGUGGUGACCUUGCCUGUGCCUGUCCUUCCAGCCCCCAGGGAAGUAGGCUCCGUUUCCUGGAUUCGGGAAAGGAGUCCUGUCCCCACUGGCCUAGGCUGGACGGAAGCCUACAGUGGGGGCUGCAAGAUGCACGGGUUCAGGGCAGUUGUCGGAAGUGCUGGGCCUGUGGGCAGAGCAGGGCCUUCUGGAGAGCAGAGCCGCAGGCCCCGAACAACCCUCUAUGGUUCCUCUUAUUCCUCCUCAUGAACUCUGUCUGCUCUCCUAGCUCCACCCUCCACUCUUGCCUGGACUUCAUUGGUGUCCAGGCUGCUCAGCCCCUCCCACCACCCUCCAUCUCUAUAGGUUAAGGGCAUGGAGAGCCACAGAUGACAGAGCUGUCCCCAGGGAGGCCCUCCCUUCCUAUUCACGCCUGGACACCAACCCUCCUGGCCAGGCUCUCCCAGGGCUCUUUGUAUCUGUCAUUGUCAGACAGGAAGAGAUUGUACCGUUUCCCACCCAUGGGAAGGUGCCAGCAGGGACCUGCCCUUGUCCCCACCCUGCUGCUCCUGCUCCCUUGGUCCUCUGAACGAUGGUGAAUAAUGGCUCCCUUCAAGGUCCAGCUCUAAUACCCCACAGCAGUCCCCCAUGCAGAAAGAACAGCUCCCACUGCAUCCAUCUGAGACCCUAGGAAGUCCCUCUGUUACCACGCCCACCCUGGGGGCACAGAGGGAGGCCCCUGGAGGUGCUUGUUGAAGUUACAGGAUACUGAGCAGCCCAAGGGAGGAGGCUCCUUGCCGGUUCCUUCUCUCCAUGGCCUGCAGAUGCCCUCCAGAAUCUUGGUUUUCUGCGCCUGGCCAAGCCUGUUUGCUGAACACCUCAACAUUCCCAGCUGCCUGGUCUUCUCCCCCGGGCAUGGCAGCCAUCCCAUAAGCUCCCACCCCACCCUCGUUGACUUUUCUGGCCCUGGGAAUCUCUCUGUGUGCCCAGGCUCAGAUCUUGGCCCUGUCUCCCCGCCUUUCAUCCCUGGAGAUGGAGGAUGGUGCUCACCAUGGCUCCUCAGUCCAGCAGCCAGCCCCGUCUCUCCCCCGACACCAACGAGUUUUUGUGCGGGAUGUUUAUUUCAGAGAAGUUCAUCCUGCUGGGAGAGCAGAUAGUAUGGGAGUGGGACUGGACAGGGCCGGGGAGGACUAGACAUUUGGAAUGGUGUCCUGUGCUUUUUUGGAUCCGACUCCCUUUCCUGUGUGAAUUAUACAAUAUAUGUUCAGGGCCUCUCCGUUCACAAGGUCCUUUCACGUCCAUCUUCUCAUUUGAUCCCAUGACCCAGAGAAGGGUAAGGGUUAUCAUCACUCCCCUUUCUGAUGUCCAGGAGGUCACAUGGCUUGUCCAAGGUCUCCAGCCUAGUGAAGGACGGAGCCAGGAAUCAUACCAAGGACCCUGGCCCCAGAGCCACGUUCUUUCCUCCACCCCAUCACGGAUCUUGGCCCCAUUCAGCAGAUGUGGAAAGCCACAUUUCGGAGGACCUGACGUCUGCCCAGCAAAUACACAGGCGUUGUGAGGGCGAGGGGCUGUCUGACCUGAUCUUGACCUCCUGCGCCCUCCAGGAAGGCUCCGCGGGCCACACAGACCAGACAGGAAGAGCUCCAGGCCUUCAGCCACCAAAUAGGGACACAAUAUCCUCUCUCACUUAAUCUUGGGAACAUUAGGUGAGAUAAUGGAAAGCAUAAUAAAUGCGAGAGAGUUUUGUAAACCAAAGUGCUACUAAAAUGCAAUGUCACCUUCAGCCUGGCUUCUGGUUUCCUACAAAGUAGAGCGGGAGGAAGGUAAAAGCUUCCCUGAAUGAUGUCCGAAGACAGAUGAAGCCAAAGUGGUCAGCUCCUCUCCCCUCCCUCCUCCCCCUCCCUGCAUCCUCACAUAGUUAAAGAUAGUCACAGCCUGAAACACGGUCCCUGCUGUUCCUCUGACGUCUGGAAUUUUCUUUGUGAUUGGCCAAGUGUUAACUCCAAAAUAGCUUAAUUUUUUUUUCUCCUACAUUUCUUGACUAAUGUCCUAAACCUCCUUGUCCUUGUAAUUGAGACCUUCAGCGUUCAAGCACCUUUUCUCCAAGUUCAGAAGCCAUGCACUCUCCCAUCAGGGUCUCCCAGGGUCCGAGAGAGCUGUCCCCGCUCAGUGAAGGGGAUUCGCCACAGUGUGUUUUAACCUAAAAUCCACCUCGAUGAGAUUGAUAUUUUUUGUCAGUCUCCUAUUUGGUUUGAUGAAUGCAAGAGAAAUUUUCCCACAUGGAUUAUAAAUUUUUUCCUUACAAAAUAAGCCCAUUUUUGCAGAGACAAAGGAACUCCACAGAAUAGUCAGCGUGUUCAAUUGCCUUCGUCUCUUGUAACCAACCGUCUUAAGUAACUAGAAAAACCAUACAGCAUCUCUCUCUCUCUCUCUCUCUCUCUCUCGCUCUCUCUCUCACACACACACACACACUCUCACACACACACACACCAUGAGUUUGGGUAUAAAAUGGUAGAAUCACCCAUGUUACCCUCAUUUCUGGCAGUUUGCCCCUGAGUCUGAUUUAAAGAACACAGGAAGAAGGGCUCUGUGCAGCCCCGGGCCGCUCAGCAAGAGGCUCCUGGGAGGCACUUCCUCCCACAUGAAGGGAAGUGUCUGCUGAGAUUCCAACCAGGUUUAUCAUCCUGGCCCCUGGACAUGGCUCCUCACUCUGGCUCCCCCAGGACCCUCCCAGACUUCAGGGACAUUUUCCCUUCAGAACAUCUUGCAUCAGAAGGAAGAAUCCCAGAGGAGGCCAUGAACUGUUCUAGAAGGAUGGAGGGCUCUGGAGCCAGACCUGAGUCUGAUUUUGCUCUGCCUGUUACCCUCUCCACGAGUGAAUCACGGCCCAGUGACUUCCCCGCCCUGACCCCUGUUCCUUGCCUGUGCAGCGGAGAUCAUGUCAUACGGAUGCCAACAACCUGGCGGGGGACUUGGCACCUGGGAAGUGUCUUCUAAAGGUCUGUUGAGAGCAGGCCUGGUCUGCAUAUGCUGAAGCCCAGGCAUGUGGGGAACACUGCUGCUGCCUCAUCAGCCCCUGCGCUGAGGAGGCUCCUGCGGGUCUGGCAAGACCCCAUGGGCUCAAGCCCUCCUCCCCAGAGCCCAGCUCUGCCUCCGAGAAGCUGCUGCUCCUGCCUCUUAAAAGCCUUUAAAAAUUCUUUAUUAAAUUUUCAUGGCGCAUGAAGUCAAGGUUCUGUUACUUGGCCUCAGUUGUCUUGGUAACUUCGUAAAAUGCAAUAAUAAAACGAAGCUGAGUGUUGCUAA